AAGGAACUGGUGCUCACUACAAAUCAAUCAUCAUAGAUAUUAUUAUUUUAAUAAUAUCAUACAUCAAUUCUAUUAAUCAAUCAUCUACCAAGUAACAAAGAAAUCCGUAACACAUCCUAUUUACUUUGUUAUGAAAAAAAAAGUCAAAAAAAAAAACUAUCAAUCAUAUCAUCAAAGAAAAAUGAACAAUACCUCUUUCCUCCCUUUGGACAAGUUCAAUUUAAAUCCCAAUGGGCAUAAUGAAGUUGACACUAUUUUGGACCCCCAAACAUUUAAUUUGCAUACCAUUGUUGGUGAUCAAGUUAUUGAUACGCAGCCCUUGUUCAACAAAGAGGAUGAUGGUACAAUAGUUGAUAUAUCUAUUCGUUCACUUGACAACAGUAUCCCGGAACCUACUUCUAAUAACUCUCUAAACAUAAAUAAUCAACCCUUCUUCCGACCGUCAAAACCUUUCGUAUGUACACUAGGUGACUUAGAACAAUUCUUACACAUGAACAUACCUGGAUAUCUGUACAAGGUCGCUAUUAUCAAGGAGAAACAACAAGAAAUUGUAAAAGAGGAAAAAGAAAGUUUGAUUCCUCUUGUUCUUCACUUAUUACAUGAACAAUUUGACAAACCAGGCGACCAAGUUGCGCGUCAACAUUAUAUAAGUGUCGUAUCAGCGUAUUUCGUACCUAUAAUAUAAGCGUAUAAUAAAAAA